AUGGAGUUCUUUAAUAAUGGUCGAAUGUUGAAGAAUGCCAACCACACGGUUAUUUCUCUUAUUCCCAAGGUCAAGUCCGUUAAAACCAUGAAAGAUUUUCGACCAAUCGGCCUUUGCAAUGUUUUCUAUAAGAUUAUUGCUAAAUUGCUUACUUUGAGGCUACAACCUUUGAUGGACUCUAUUGUGGGUUCGGAACAGAAUGCUUUUAUUAAAGGUCGCCUGAUUUCGGACAAUGUUCUUAUCUGCCAUGAGAUCAUGCAUAGGCUUAAAUUGAAAAAACAUGGCAAGUCUGCGGGAAUGGCAAUCAAGCUAGAUGGGAGUAAAGCAUAUGAAUUAACCUUCUCUCUUCAGGUUAAUGGCCAUCGCUUUGGGUAUCUAACUCCAACAAGAGAUAUUCGACAGGGAGACCCUUUAUCCCCUUACCUCUUUCUCUUAGUAGCAGAAGGCUUUUCUCAUGCUUUAAAUAAUUCAGCCAUUAGAGGGUUAUCUGCUUCUCGACAUGGCCCAUCUAUAUCGCAUUUGUUGUUCGCAGAUGACUCCAUCUUAUUCACACAAGCAACUAUGGAGCAAGAAAAUAUAAUCCAAUCCAUUUUGCAUAACUACUCAAGAGCAAGUGGGCAAUCAGUUAACUUGGCUAAAUCAACUAUCAUCUUCGGUCCCAAUACUUCUCCAAUCUUGAAGCAACAAAUUUGUUCUUCUCUGAGUAUUCAUAACUUAGAGGUCAAUGCUCGUUUACUAGGUUUAUCUGCUCAUUUUUACAGAUCUAAAAUUCAAACAUUUGGUUAUCUCAGAGAACGCAUUGAGAAGACAUGUGCGGGGUGGAAGGAAAAGUUUCUAUCCAAAGGCGGGAAAGAGGUGUUGAUCAAAGUAGUAUCAUCAGCUAUCCCUAUUUACACCAUGUCCUGUUUUCGGCUUCCCACUGCCUUAUGCGAUAAAAUUAAUAGCAUUAUGAGCAAUUUUUGGUGGGGUCAACAGCAAAAUGAAAAGAAGAUCCAUUGGGUUGCCUGGUCCAAACUCUGUGAAUCAAAGGGUGAAGGAGGUAAAUAUUAUCCACAUUCAUCAUUCCUUCAAGCAACCCAAGGGAACAGGGCAUCAUGGGGAUGGAGGAGUGUUCUAUGGGGAAGAGAAAUUCUCAAUCAAGGCAUUCGCUGGCAUGUCGAUAAUGGAAAGAACAUUUUCUGCAAAGAAGACGUAUGGGUUCCACUUCUUUUUUCAGGCAAGCCACAUCUUAAAGAGGGACAUGAUACACAUAUAACUCGGGUGGUUCAGCUUAUCAAUCCAUCUUCCAAGCUUUGGGAUGCUACUAUUUUGUCUCGAAACUUUGAGCCAGCAGAUGUUGAGAAAAUUAGAGCCAUUCCUCUCAGUAUUUUUGCUAGGGAAGAUCGGUUGGUAUGGCAUUUUGAGAAAAGCGGAGUUUAUUCAGUCAGGUCUGGUCAUUGGAAGGCUAAAGACUUAAGUAGACGGGCAGCUAUGGAAUCUAAUGAUAGGAUUGCUUUUACAUUCAAUCAUAUAUCUAAACCGGCUGAAGAGUCUGUUAGCUUGGCAAUCAGAAGUCGAGACGAUUUUAGAGAAGCCACCUCCAACCCUCCUCUCCCCUCGCAUCAAUCAGAAAUGGAUCAACAGCUGUUAGUUCAUCAAUCUCAACUCUCUUGGCAACCCUCUCCUCUCGGUUUCAUAAAGCUUAACUUCGAUGCAGCUUGGGACAAGAAUUCGAAUUCAGGAGCCACUGCAGUUAUUGUUCGUAAUCCUUCUGGAAGUGUUAUUGACUGGUGCUGUCGUUCGUGGGCCUCGAUCUCAGACCCCUUACAAUUUGAGAGCAUUGCUUGUCGAGAAGCACUUCUUUUUGCCAAAAAUAGAGGCUUCUCUCGCUCUAUUAUAGAAGGAGAUUCUCUUAUUACAGUUCAAGCCUGUAGGGGUAACCCGGUUCCCCUUAGUAUUCAAGAUAUUAUCUCUGACUCGUUAGAUAUAGCUAAAUCCUUCCAGUUUAUCUCUUUUUCUUGGGUACGUCGGACUUACAAUCAGGCUUCACAUCUUCUUUGCAAAAAGUUUAUCAAAGAUAAUUCUUUUAGAGUAAAUCUCUUGUAUCAGAUGAACUUUGUUUUCUUCUUGCCACUUGAUGGCCUUUAG